UUUCCAUUCAAGAAUGAAAAUAUGAGCAUUGAAAAUAUACAAAAUGCUUUGUUAAUAUUUCCUCCUAACAGUGAUUUUGCAAAGUGCAAGGAUAUUGAUGCCAUUCAAACUGAAUUGGAAAUAUUAAAAGAAAUAUGCAAAGAUUUGAGUUUAACUAUGACAACAAAUUUUCUCAGUAUGAUUGAAAAAUGUGAAGAAGUUAAACAUAUCCUACCAUUAGCUAAUAAUAUUUGUCGAUUAGCAUUAACUGCACCGGUAAGUGUAGCUACUAAUGAACGGACAUUUAGCAAACUUAAACUGAUAAAAAAUCAUUUAAGAUCUACAAUGACAGACAAUAGAUUAGAUUCCCUAAUGCUGUUAAGUAUUGAAAAAGAUAUUUUAGAUACAGUUGAUGUAAGUAAAAUAGCAACUCAGUGGUUCAAUAUAAAACAAAGAAGAAUUCAAUUUUAAAAAUUGUAUAUAUUAUUAUUUAUUGUGAUACAUGCAUAAUUAUUAAUUUAUUAUUAGUGAUUAAAUACUCAUAAAAUUGUAUGUUUUAAGUUUUUAUUUUACCUAAUCUUGUGUAGGUACCUACUUUUGGUAAUGCUGACCAAUAUCCAAAAAUUAAUUUGACUAGGUAGUGACUAUGUACUGGUGAAGAGCAAUAAAUAGGUAUUGAAUAGUGUAUAAUAAGUAUGCCUAUGUUUAUGAGUUAUUGAGAUGUAUGUUAAUAAAUUAAUAAUAAUAAUUAUAAUUCGAGCGGAGCGAGAAAAUUUUUUUUUUUGAGUUGGCAAAUUAAUGAAUCAAGCCCCCCCAUGAUUUGUCUUUCGGGACGGCCCUGAUCACCGGCACAUAAUAUAAUCUGAAAUUCUGAAAUUCAUAAUUAUAUACAAGGAGAUUC